AUGUUGACGCCUGCACAUGCCAGUGCAUCCCUAUUGAAUGUUACCUUUGUGAAUGAUUUGCAGAGAACGGACUGCAGCUUGUAUUGGCAUGGUUCGGCUCCAUCUGGGCCUCGCAAAGACUUUGGGCCCAUAUUCGCAGGCUUGCAUAAAGAGUUGGAGGUGUCCGAGGGGCAUGUCUUCACGUUCGCUCGUGCUGGUACGUUGACACCAUUGCUGAGGGUGACCGUGACCUCACAAGUUCAUCGCUACAUUCUCAACGACACCGUGGCAAAUGAGGCGGAAUCGACAGCAUGCGCUGCCUCCUUGCAGUCAGAUGCCUCCUUGCCGGCUGCAUGCUCGUCCGUUUUAUCUUGCACGGAUUGUGUGCGUGUGCCUGGCUGUGGCUGGUGUGUCAUCUCGCACGCGAUAGCAACAAGCUCCACGUGCAAUGAUGCAAACGCAGAAGACCGGUCCGCAGACGAAUGGUUGAGCUUGGCUAAGAAGCUGAUGAAUCCUGAGAACUCCUCCGGCCUUCCAUCGCUCCGAGAAGCCUACCAAGCCCUCGAGAGGGGAACACGCCAAGCCCUGAAAAAAGACAACGCGACCACGUCCCCAAUCCAUUUGCUGCUUGCCGAGAUGAGGGCCAAACUCGAAGGAAUCAUCGAUGAGGCAGAUGCGGACUACCUAAUUUCAACAACGCGACACGCGUCCCUUUCGAGCCUUAAGCCCCAGAAUGUGCCGCGCCGCAAGAUGGCUGAUGCCAAUGCUUUCAUAUCUCGUGCGCAGCCCGUCAUUAUCACAGACUUGUUUAGCAACUCGACCGACUCGAGGCACCCCAUACCGCAGAAGUGGACGCUGGAGUACCUCAAGCGAUUCAUGCACGGCGGCCUCUACAAUGUGGCCGCAGAUGCUCAGAGGCUCUGCUGUCAAUACUACGAGCCCAGGCGUGUUGCUGCUGAGGCAGGUUAUCCAUAUCCAUUUGCUCCCACAACGCACCUGUAUCGGGAUGACUUCAAAGGCUUCGUUGGGACACUGCGACGUGCAAAUUCCGCAGAUGCAUUGCUACACUACAUGCACGAUGUAGUUAUGGAGAGGGAUGGAGCUGCAGUGGUGGCUGGUAAGCAAGCCACGCAGCAACUAGCUUCUGAUUUGGCCGCGACGCUGGCAGCACUAUGGCCUUUGGCCGAGAUGCAGCCAUUUUUUGCCGGUAUCGCGAACGCAAAGUUGUGGAUUGGUCAGAAGGGCGUGACUAUGCGUCUGCAUUAUGAUUCCUCUGACAACUUGUACGUGAUGGCCUGGGGCAGGAAGCGUGCAAUACUUGCAGAACCAGGUCAGUUCGGAGCCCUUUAUCCUUAUCCAAAUGGGCACCCCCUCGCAGGGAGCUCUCAAGUGAACCUCAGCGACCCAGACCUCGAAAGGCACCCUGGCUUUGCGCAUGCUACUCUUUGGGAGACUGUGGUGGGGCCUGGCGACGUUCUGUACCUGCCAGCCUACUGGUGGCAUCAGUUUGAACAGCCAUUUGAGGACACCGCUUCGGUGAACUUUUGGUCGUAUGAGCGCACAGAUAGUCCGCCAGUGAACGUGCGAGAUAGGCGACUGCAGACCAACGCGCUGCAUGACCAUAUGGAAAGGCAGAUUGUCAAGGCCUUCAAGAACAAGGCAGGUGUGGUGCUAUCAUCCUUGGCUUCUGGAAGAGUAAAGAAGAAGUUUUGGGAGCGUGCAAACCGAACACUGCACGAGGCAGCGGACGACUGGAGGAAGUGGAUGUUGAGCCUUCCAAAUGCGCCCAGUGAAGAUGCAUACAAUGCCACCGAGCUUAUCAGCGACUUCCUUCAGAGGCACCGAGAUGUUCUCAAACAGCGCUGGCCCGGCUGGGUGCCUGGAAUAGAAUGGAACAUGUCUAAGAUGACUGCUCUGGAGCCACAUCUUCGCGGGCGUUGCAAGCCUGCAACUAAAACUGCCACCUUUUCCAGCGUGUGCAGAUCGCCUUGA